AUUCAAAUGGAGGAUUUAGUUUAGACAACGCGAGAUCCCGCGCGUUCAUCCCCGUCGAGUCAAACACGGGCGCUUGAAUCGAUGUGUAUUUGUGGCGCAGCAGAGCGACACCCAACGGAAGUGACCAAGAUGGGAGAACUGACGCCAUGACGUGACGUCCCGGCUCCUGACAACACGAGUGAUUCAUUCUGGAGAUGGUUCGGCUCGUCUCUGCUUCUUCACCUCCGCACAAACAUGAGUCGGACACACGUUGACCCGCGUGUUUCACUGUAAUAACACGGCGCGACACCCGUCCAGCCAUGAAGCUGCUGCACAAAGACAUUGAGAAAGACAAUGCCGGUCAGGUGACUCUGAUGCCAGAGGAGGCAGAGGACAUGUGGCACACCUACAACCUGCUGCAAGUCGGGGACAGCUUGAGAGCCUCCACUAUCAGGAAGGUGCAGACAGAGUCCACCACAGGAAGCGUGGGCAGCUCCAGAGUUCGAACUACUCUCACCUUAUGUGUGGAGACAAUCGACUUUGACUCCCAGGCCUGUCGGCUGAGAGUAAAGGGCACUAACUUAGAGGAGAACCAGUAUGUCAAGAUGGGGGCUUACCACACUAUUGAGCUUGAAGUUAACAGGAAGUUCACUCUGGCUAAAAAGAGUUGGGACAGCGUUGUACUGGACAGAAUCGAGCAGGCAUGUGACGCCACACAGAAAGCCGAUGUGGCAGCUGUGGUAAUGCAGGAGGGCCUGGCCAACCUGGUGCUGGUGACCCCCGCCAUGACUCUGCUCCGAGCAAAAGUGGAGGUCACCAUUCCUCGCAAGAGACGGGGAAGCUGCACCCAGCAUGAGAAGGCGCUGGAGAGGUUCUACGAGGCUGUGAUGCAGGGGAUUCUUCGCCACAUCAAUUUUGAUGUGGUGAAGUGCAUCCUGGUUGCCAGUCCAGGGUUUGUGAAGGACCAGUUCAUUGCAUAUCUCUUUAAAGAGGCAGUGCGACAGGACAACAAGCUCCUGCUGGAGAAUCGGCCCAAAUUCAUGCUGGUGCACUCGUCAUCAGGUCACAAGUACUCACUCAAAGAAAUCCUCUCUGAUCCCUCUGUGACAAGUCGACUUUCUGAUACAAAGGCAGCAGGAGAGGUGAAAGCCCUGGAAGAUUUCUAUAAGAUGCUCCAGCAUGAGCCAGACAGAGCUUUCUAUGGACUGGCCCACGUGGAGAAAGCUGCUGACGCUCUUGCCAUCGACACCUUGCUGAUAAGUGAUAAGCUGUUCAGACACCAGGAUGUUCCCACGAGAAGCCGCUACGUCCGCCUGGUGGACAGUGUGAGAGACAACGGUGGCACCGUCAGAAUAUUCUCCAGCCUUCAUGUGUCUGGUGAACAGCUGACCCAGCUGAGUGGAGUGGCUGCCAUCUUGCGGUUUCCCAUUGCCGACCUGUCAGAGGCAGAGGACGACAGCAGCUCUGACGAAGACUGACCCACAGUGCAGCACUCUCGAUCUAAGCUGCUGUGCUAUGGUUUAUGUAUUCCACCUCUACUGCAAGUGUCUUUCAGACUUAAUAUUCUAAAGUGGCCACGAUUCCACAUGAGAUGCAGUUCUUGGUGCUUUUGGUUUGAGGUGACUGUGUUUGAGAACGUGCACGUGUGACUAAAGUCGGAGCUCUCAGGAUGAAAAUGAAAGCUAUGUUUUGCCACGUUUCAAAUGAGAACAGUUAAAGCUUUGACUCAUUUUUAGCAAUAAAUAAAUUGAUCUUUUUUUCCCAAGUGUAUAUACAAUAUAUCUUUUCUGCAAUUAAACAACAGAAGCAUUCAA